UUUUUAUGUCAACAAAAUGUUUUUGUGCAUUUUUUAAAAGUAUGGGUAGACGUACACGUUCAAUUUCUUCUGCAAUUUGUUGUAAACGACGUUUUCGUUCUUCAACUCCAACAUUAAGCUCAAUGAGUGCAAAGCGGCCUUCAGAAGCUGGACUUGUUCAUGCACUUUUUAUAAUAUUUUUGGAAUAUUUUUCUUGGGGUCUUUUGACUGUGCCUGUGAUUAGUGUUCUUGCUGAAACAUUUCCUUCAAACAAAUUUCUUAUGAAUGGGCUUAUUAUGGGUUUAAAGGGCAUUCUCUCUUUUAUUUCUUCACCUUUGGUUGGCGCCCUUUCUGAUGUUUGUGGUAGAAAACCUUUUUUGUUGCUUACAGUGUUUUUUACGUGUAUGCCAAUUCCCUGCCUUAAAAUCUCGCCAUGGUGGUAUUUUACUCUCUUCACAUUUAGUGGCCUCUUCUCUGUAACUUUUAGUGUUGUGCUUGCUUAUGUAGCUGAUAUAACUGAACCUAAUGAAAGAACAACUGCUUGUGGUUUAGUUUCUGCAACUUUUGCUGCUUCUCUUGUCACAUCACCAGCUUUGGGCGCUUAUUUAAGUCGAAUAUACUCUGAUGAUGUUGUUGUUCUUCUAGCUACAUUAAUUGCAAUUUUAGAUCUUUUAUUUAUUCUUUGCUGUGUCCCAGAAUCUAGAAAACAGCCACAAACUGUAAUUGAAGGAAUUAAUAGUAAUGGAUUCUCUGCAAAUCCUUUUAUUAUUUUACGUUUUCUUCGCGAUGAACAAACAAUUUUGAGAUUAUCUGCAAUUACUUUUUUGUCAUACUUACCUGAAGCUGGACAAUUUUCAUGCUUUUUUGUUUACUUGAGACUGGUUGUUGGUUUUUCUGCUGAAUCUGUAGCACUUUUUAUUGCAUUUGUUGGUGUUCUUUCUGUCCUUAGUCAAACAGGAAUUCUCUUAUUAAUUACUCAAAAAGCUGGUCCUAAGUCGGCUAUAACACUUGGAUUAAUUUUUCAAUUUGUCCAGUUAGUUUGGUAUGGGGUUGGUUCUGCACAUUGGAUAAUGUGGGGAGCUGGAUUAUUUGCUGCAUUUUCUCAAAUGACUUAUCCAGCAAUUUCUGCUUUUGUUUCGUUACAGACAAAUAAAGAAUUGCAGGGGACUGUUCAAGGAAUUCUUAGCGGUAUCCGCGGUCUUUGUCAAGGAUUGGGCCCAGCAGUAUUCGGCCUUAUUUUUUAUGCGUUUGGAAUGGAUUUGACGUCAGAUGAUGAAAGUGCUGGACAUAUUGGUGUUGGUCCUCAAUUUCCAGUACCAAAUAUUCGAUUUCAAUCACCUUUAAUUCCUGAUAACAAUAAACCAAUAAGUGCCUCAACAGCACAAAAUAAUUCUUUGGAUAGAAUAACACUUAGAACUGGGGGCCCUGUUCCAGGUCCACCAUUCCUUUGUGGUGCACUUUUAGUUGUUUUUGCACUCAUUCUCAAUUUUUCAUUACCACAAUAUCGUCGAAAACUUCUUGUAAUGCAUCGCAGAUCAGGAGGUUCUUCAAAACUUGAUACAACAGCUCUUUUAAUUGAUGAUAAUGAAUCUUGUACAAAGUCAUCUAUUGACGGGGAUGAUGAUGAAGACGAAAGAAGAAAAGACGCGGAGGAAUGA